GCGGCUCGGAGCAUCAGUGUGACUGAGAGUGCAACUGAAAGCAGUCGAGUCCAUCCGUCUGAAGAAGAGGAAGAGGAGGAGGAGGAGGAGGAGGAGGAAUCACGGUGGAAAAGUAAAGCGCAAGGUUUCCAACGCCGUUCUUGUGGACCGUAGACUUUUUUUUUUUUGCUUUCUUUCUUAAAGGACACACAUCGUGCUGUUUAGCUGGAUACCGACUCAAGCUGUUCGAUUUUCUCCUGCGAAGAGAUUUCUUUUUUUUUCCCUAUUUCACUCCACUUGAGUCUCAGCUUCACGGCACUUCGUCUCCUAAAACGGCGAUGGCGCUGCGUGACGCGAAUUAACAAGAGUUUUAUUUUCCCCAUAUUUCUCAAAAAAAAUAAAUCAAAGAAAUUACAGACCUUCCAAGACAAAUCUCCACCCACUCUGAGUAUGGACUUGUUGAGUGAAUCCCAUGUGCUGGUGCUUUUCCUCACCUGCCUGGUGUCGCUGUGCUGGGCCCAGGAGAAGGAUUACACAGUGAAGGAGGAACAGCCGGAGAACGUGCGCAUCGGGAACCUGCGCAAAGACUUGGACCUAAAUCUGGACCCCAAUGUUAAGCUGUCCUCAGCCCUGGAGUUCAAACCUGUCUACAAGUCAGGAGAGGUUCCUUUGGUGAGGGUGGAGGCCAGCACUGGCGAGAUCUUCACUACGUCGAAUCGCAUCGACCGCGAGAAGCUGUGCUCCGGGGUGUUCAGCGAGAAGCGCUGCUUCUACGAGAUUGAGGUGGCUGUGCUGCCCGAUGAGAUCUUUCGCCUGGUCAAGAUUCGCUUCCUUAUUGAAGACAUCAAUGACAACGCCCCUCUGUUCCAGUCUACCGUCAUUAACAUCUCCAUUCCCGAGAACACAGCUAUCAAUAACCGCUAUCCGGUACCCUCAGCCUUCGACCCAGACGUGGGGCUUAAUGGCAUCCAGCACUAUGAGCUUGUCAAGAGUGUAAGCGAGUUUGGCCUUGACAUCAUUGAAACUCCAGAGGGAGACAAGUGGCCCCAACUCAUAGUCCAACAAAAUUUGGAUCGAGAAACCAAGGACACGUUUGUGAUGAAAAUCAAAGUGGAAGAUGGUGGCACACCUCCAAAGUCCAGCACAGCCAUCCUCCAGGUUACUGUCUCCGAUGUAAAUGACAAUCGGCCAGUGUUCAAGGACACUGAGGUGGAGGUAAACGUGCCAGAAAAUGCCCCUAUGGGGACAUCAGUCACGCAACUCCACGCCACUGAUGCUGAUCUUGGCUCCAAUGCUCAGAUCCACUUUUCCUUUAGCAAUCAAAUCUCUUUGGUAUCCAGACGGCACUUUGCUAUCGACAGUUCUACUGGAUUGAUUACGAUCAAGCAGCCAUUGGACAGAGAAUCUAACCCUGUCCACAAGCUUAUAGUCUUGGCAAGUGAUGGUAGCACCACACCUUCAAGGGCUACUGUCAUAGUAAAUGUAACAGACAUUAAUGACAACGUUCCAUCCAUCGACACUCGGUAUAUAAUAAACCUUGUAAAUGGCACAGUACUUUUGUCUGAAAAUGCCCCUCUAAACACAAAAAUAGCUCUAAUUACAGUGACUGACAAGGAUGCUGACCUUAAUGGUAAAGUGACAUGUUACACGGAUCAUGACGUACCCUUUCGGUUGAAGCCUGUUUUUAAUGACCAAUUCUUGUUGGAAACUGCGGCUCCUUUAGAUUACGAGACUACUCGGGAGUACGCAAUUAAGAUAGUAGCUUCAGAUUCAGGGAAACCUCCUUUAAACACGUCUGCAAUGAUCCUCAUUAAAAUCAAGGAUGAAAAUGAUAAUACCCCAGUUUUCCCCCAGCCGGAGGUUCAGCUGUCCAUCCCAGAGAACAAUGACCCUGGCACACAGCUGAUAAAGAUCAGUGCCACGGAUGCAGACAGUGGUUCUAAUGCCCUUAUUAUUUAUACCCUUGGACAAGACGCACCUGAUGGGUUUAACAUAGAUCCACGGUCUGGUAUACUCUCCGUCAGCAAGAGACUGGAUAGAGAAAAACAGGAAACCUAUUCAUUUACAGUCAUUGCCAAGGAUAACGGGUCUAAUCCUCUGCAAAGCAAUGUCACUGUGAAGCUAAUUGUCCAAGACCAAAACGACAACAGUCCAGCCUUCACCCAUCCCGAGUACAAUUUCUAUGUGCCUGAGAACUUGCCUUUGUAUGGCACAGUUGGCUUGAUUACAGUUACAGAUGCAGAUGCUGGUGAUAAUUCAGUAGUUACCCUCUCAAUCAUAAAUGGAAAGGACAAUUUUAUUAUUGACCCUAAAACUGGGGUAAUUAAACCAAACAUCACAUUCGACAGGGAGCAGCAAAGUUCCUAUACCUUCAUAGUCAAAGCUGUGGAUGGAGGAUUAAUUCAGACAACUUCAUACGCCAAGGUCACCAUAAAUGUUGUUGAUAUUAAUGACAAUCGGCCUGUGUUUGUUAUCCCACCUUCCAAUUACUCUUAUGACCUAGUCCCUUUCACAACUAGCCCUGGCUCUGUGGUGACCCGAGUGUAUGCCAUUGACAAUGACACUGGCAUGAAUGCAGAGCUGCAGUACAGCAUUAUUGGAGGUUCACCAAGAGGACUCUUUGCUAUUGACAAAAUUACAGGGAACAUUACUCUGCAGGAGAAGAUCGUAAAUGCUGAUCAAGGCCUUCAUAGGUUGGUCGUAAUGGUCAAAGACUUAGGACAGCCAGACCCCUUGCAUGCAAUUGCGCUUGUUCACUUGUUUGUGAACGAUACCAUCUCCAACGCAACAUUUAUUCAGGAGCAAGUCCGCAAAAGUAUGGAGACACCCUUGGACAGAAAUGUUGGGGACAAUGAUGUAAUCCCUCAAAACAAUGGCUAUGUAAUCGUUGUCAUAGCCAUAAUUGCUGGGACUAUGACUGUCAUAUUGGUGAUAUUUGUAACUGCUUUGGUACGUUGUCGGCAAACACCCAGGCACAAAGUUGUUCAGAAGGGCAAGCAAAGUGGUGAGUGGGUAUCACCAAACCAGGAAGGGCGGCAGAUCAAAAAGAAGAAGAAGAAAAAGAAGAGGUCUCCUAAGAGCUUGCUGCUGAAUUUUGUCACUAUCGAAGAAUCCAAGUCUGAAGACCCUUCUCAUGAGCACAUCAAUGGCACCUUAGACCUUCCAGUUGAGCUUGAGGAACAGACAAUGGGAAAGUAUAAUUGGGCCACCACACCAACCACAUUUAAACCUGACAGCCCUGAUUUAGCCAAGCAUUACAAGUCAGCAUCUCCCCAGCCUACCUUUCAGAUCAAACCAGAAACACCAGUGGCUCCUAAGAAGCACCAUGUCAUUCAGGAACUCCCCUUGGACAACACAUUCGUAGUUGGCUGUGACACUCUCUCCAAAUGCUCCUCCAGCAGCUCCGACCCCUACAGUGUCUCAGAGUGCAACUGUCAAGGGAGCUUUACGGCACCCGGGCAAAUUCACACCCGACAGGAGACGGCACUGAAACCACCACUCUAUGGCACACUCUGUGGCACAGGUACUACUCGCUCCCACAGGAUAAAAAUCAAUCUCUAGCUGCCAUAUCCUAAAGAGAAGGGAGAAAGAGAGGGAGGGAGAGGAAGGCACUGACUGAAGAGGGGGAAAACAAUCGCAUAAUGUACACGUUCUGCAGCCUGAAACAGGACCUAGAGAGAGGAGAGGAGAGGAGAGGAGAGGAGAGGAUGGCCAGGCUAUUUUCACUGAGACACAUCUUGUUGCCUGCUUUCAGCUUGUCAGAAUAUCCGCUAGUGAUUUUGUAGGAGAAUUCGAGAUGCUUUGUUAAAUCAUUUUUGUGCUCACUUACUAGCCUCCCUAACGAAGGCACAAUACAACUCGUCGGAAAAUAUCUUUUUUUUUUUUUUUUUUUUUUACCCUGUUCACUCACAUGGCAUGUACACUUUAAAACAAUGUAUAACCUUUUUAACGGUUCUUCAAUUGCCCCCAACCCCCACCUUAGAAUUUCUAUUUCGCGACUCUACAGCAAAGGGGUUUCCUUUCAGGAUUACAAGUAGAACCCUGUUUGUGAAGCUAAGAGCCCUUAAUAAUCAAUAAACCCUUAAACCUAGUUUCUGUAUCAGUGUUAUAUAUUUAACUGUGUAAGACUGUCGUACGUCAAUCUCUUCUUCGUACCUAGAACUUGAAUUUUAACUUGUACCAACCUGUCUUGCACUUUGUGGAUCACGUAGGCUUCACAACCUGCUAAAAAAAAAUACUGGAUUUUACAAGAUAUUUACUUUGAAUUACUGACUGUUUAAUAUUUUACUAUCUUAAAAUGCUCAUGAACAUGACAAACCUCAUUCGUGAAAUUUAGUACGUUCUAAAAUAGAAAAUGGUAUAAAACCUUCCUGCUGUAUACAGUCACUUCUGUAGAUUCACCUGAUAUUUAAACCCACCACUGACCCUUCAGUAAUGAAUUAUUAUCCAAAGACUGCUGCUAAAGUUCAAAUUAAACAAAAUUGUUCAAACACUGUUAAUUACUUUUUAAUCUUAAAAAAAAAAAAAAAAAAAGAUAUCAAAUGAUUUUAAAUCUACAUAUUUAUUGUUUUAUUCUAACCUUAUAACGGUUCUACAUGGAAAGGGACACACUUUGUUGUAGGGUUUUAGGGUUUUAGCUUUAAGGGUUCCCCAGAGGGGCAACAGAAGAUCCUUAAAGGGUUCUAAAUUUUUUAACAGUGUAAAAUAAUUAUGUACAGGAUGUCUAUUUCGAUAUGUGUUCAUGUACUAUAAAUUCAGCACAGUCUUUGUUGUUUGGAUAUUUAUUGAUUUGUUUGCCACAGACUUUUUAGAUUUAAUUAGACAGUUCAGCAACACUUUGAUGUUCUGGGUGCUGAAGUAUUUUUCUUUUCUUUUUCUUUUCUUUCUUUAAAUCUCCCGUUCAGGGGUUUUGCUCACAAAACUACUGACUUCUAAUUUCUGAUGUUGCAGUAAGUCCAUUAUCCCCAUGACCUCUAUGAUUAUGCUAUACCUCUUCACUUUACUUCAGCUGCCCCGUUGUUCUUCACCUAUUGACGCCAUCCCCAUGCAAGUCAAUAGUAAAUGCAUGAUUUGACAUGAUCACUGUGGUAUCGCUGAUGUAUCACUGUGACACAGGGUUCGACAGCUGUGUCUUUCAUUCCACAUUUGCCACAUUUUCAAGAAUAAAAAAACAAAAACACUUUCUUUAAAAUAUAUAUAUAUAUACAUAUAUGAGAGUAGAAGAAGAGUCAGAUUUGUAUCUGUUGUCUGUCAGAGAUCCUGCGGCAGAGUCAGUAUAACCUGUGAGAUGUAUUUAUUUGCUAUCAUAUAGACAACCCUCAGGCAGUCUAUAAUAAGACUUGCUAAGCUUUAGGUUGAGUAUGUACUCUGAAAUGUGUCAUGCUAUUCUGAAUCUGACUUGCUAUUUAUUCCACAUAAGAAACAAGACAGAAACUGUUGUUCCUUUAUGGUGUAGAAAAAAAAAAAAAAAGAAAGAAAAAAGAAUCACCAAUUCAAGCUUUACAUAUGAAAGCAAUAAAUUAAAACCAGGAUCAUCUGUGAGCUGUGAUUAGAUUUUUUUAUUUGUUUGAUUUUUUUUUUGUUGUAACAUUUAAGGUCUGUACAAGACUAGUACAACUUUUUAAUAUCCCACAGCUACGUUGAUGUAAGGGCACCUUAAUGCAGUCUAGUGAAUCAUUUCCCAAGGUCUAUAGAUUCCCUUGGUAUUAAGUAGAGAAGCUUUCGGGCACAAAGUGUUGACCUUUUUUUUCCAUGACAGAGGUGUCAGAUGUCUUAAAUCAGAAUUGAAUAUGUUUCUAUGAUGUUAGAAAACAGUAUGCCUCAUACAUAAACUGUAGCACUGUGUAACAAAUUGGUAGAUUUACCUGACUUUCUAAAAAAAAAUAAAU